AUGUCAAACUCAACCUCCCGCCCCAAAGACACUAGCAAACCCCUUUUCGGUCCUGUAGAGCCUAUCUCUAACAACGACACCAAAGAAACAGAAGACGACAUGUUCGUCCUAAUCAGCAAGCGGAACUACUGGAAAGACGGCAAACUCGUCUCCAGCUCCGGCGAUCCAGAGCCAAAAAAAGAGAAGCCGGGGAUCAUAGACAAGGAUGGAUUUGAGACGAUAGCUCUCGACGAUCCUAAAACCAAAAAGCGGCACGAAUACAUGAACAUGGAAUACGACAACAGAUAUACACCCCAGGGAGUUCCCUUGGCAUAUACGACGUAG